UUUUCCUUUUCUUUCUUUUUUUCCGGGGAGGGGGGAAGUUGUCGUCUCUGGCGAGUCCGUGGGGAGGAGUAGAGCAGGUGCUGAACCCACUAGAAGCCACCGUAGCAUCCGCACCAGCAGCGAAAAUGCCCGUCCCGCCGUGGUACAGAGGCCCUCCGAAAUUCUAUCCACAGCCGCAGCGACUGAUCCUUUUCCAGAAGAAAGACGGGACCCCCUUGCGUUUCUACAUCCGUCCCGGGGCGGCCAAGAUGGAGGUGGCGCCCCUGAUCCUACGUCACGGCGGGUCGUUGUGCCGGGUUCAAGAGCCCGGGGCAAUUCUUUUGGCACGCCCCGGCGAGGUGCCUGCGGGAGCCUCCGGGGUCUACACCUCCACCUCCUACGUCACCAACAGCGUGGCACAGAAGGUGCGGCUACACCUGGAGGACUACCAGCUGGAUCCGCCCCCGCCGGCUGCCCAGAGUAAGAACACGGCGGAAGGCCGGAUGCCCUUCACUGUGGUGGAAGACUCGGCCAUCCUGGGCUAUGUGCGAAGGAGAAAGCAGGAGGGACAGGCGGGCGCCCUUGGCGGCACCGCCUUCUGGAAGGAGAUGGCCCGGGCGCGGGUCACCCCGCACCCCUGGCAGGCCAUGCGCGACCGCUACCUCAAGCACCUGCGGCCCAAAGAAUGCUUGGACCUGCUGGACAAAAAUCCGAAGCAGAAAAAAGUGCCAGAGCCUCACCCUUCUGACAUGGGGGCUGCCUCGCACGAUGAGAAACCCGCAGAAGUCUCCCGUCCACAGGACCAAAGUCAGGUAGCAGGAGGUUCAGAGGUGAGCGGUAUUUUCCAGAUGGCAAACAAAGAAUUCGAAGACAGUGAGGGAGACAGUGAAAACCUAAGCCACGAGGAAGAGAUAGUUCAAGAACAGGCUGAGCCAAAGACCUCCGAAGAGGCCACGUCUGCUGAUCCCAAGAUACAGGUGGCCGAGGCCACCAACAGUGAGGACCUUGUUGUGUCUGAAAGCCUGCUUCCCGCGGAGGAGCAGCCUUCCGGCCCUUCUGCUGAGGAAGUCGCCAUGGCCGUGCAGGAGAUGAAGCGUUUCAUGGAAGAGUUUGGGGUGGACGUGGCCACGGUGACUCAAGCUUUUCUGAAAAACAGCGGGGACGUGGCAGCUGUGGCUUGCUGUCUGAGGUCUGGUCAGCGCCCGGACGGCUGUCCUCUGUGGACCAGACAGGAUGAUACGGAUCUGCUGACGGGGGCAGAGGAUCUCCUGAGCAGGCUUUCCGCCAAAUAUGGAGCAGAGAAUGUAAAGGCCCGCUUGGCCUUCAGGAAAAGUUAGGGUCAGGCAGGAACCGCUUUUGGCACCGCCUGUUCUCGGGUAGCGGCACAUUCCUGUCUUCUUUUUCGUGCAACGACUGCACGCGGCCAUCAAUCUCUGUUGGUGGUGCCGAUAGAAGCAGCGGCUGUGUCUGAAACAUGGCUGGCUUCCACUUCCUUUUUCCUGCUUUGUAAGCCCUCCUGCAUUUUUUACUUCAGGAAGUGCCGCGUAAUCAUGACUGCAGCUUAAAGGUUAGUUUGGCAGUAAAAUUCCAUGCAGCCUUAAACAAACACCCAGUUUGAGCCGUGCUUCCGUCUUAUUUGGUGGUUGUCCUUAAAGCGAUUCUGUGUCCUUGUGCAUGGUUUGAAAGCAGCUCUUGGUGACUUUUGUGGCCUCCGUUGAUCCCCAAGAGCUUUGAGAGAUAUAUUUCUCAUGGACGCUCUGAGCCAAACUCUGUCUGACUCAGGGUGGGCCAGGAUCCCCAUUUCUGACACCAAGAAGGAUCAGGGGCUGCUCAAACAUGCCAGAGUGGAGAAGGAGGUUGUGUUACUCAGUGUUAAAUAGCUUCAUAGAGGGAAUUCUGGGCUGAAGACCUAAGCAAGCUGUCUCACUUUUCCUGUUUGCUGGAUUGGCCUGCUUGAUUCUGUGACCUCUCCAGUAAGACUUAAAUUGAGCUUAGGCAAUAGACAGCCAUAGCUGGCUUCAAAUGCUUUGAAAAUCCCUUUGUAAAAGAGUUAGAUGUUUAUAAAACACUUUCAGUUCUUUAAUAAUGUGCAGAAAGGAACCAGUUAAUACCAUCACACCAGUAACUUCAACCUCAGCCAAUCCAGAUAAGAGAUUUGUUUUCUGAAAUCCAGUAGUAACUUGCAGCUAGAGUUGGACCCUUAAAUCAGUAGAACUUACAGAGGAGACUCACCAAAUCCUCAUUGAUUCAAUGGGCCUACUCUAGUUGUGACUUACUACUGGAUUUCAGCCACUCUGUCAGUGUCAUUGUGCAAUAGAAUUAAAGUAUAAUGGAUAUUCGGGCAAUAUUCAUGCUGUGCUUCUGCACUCAGUUCGAAAUAAAUGUGUUGGUCUUUGUUGGUGUCACAACACUGUUGUUUUUGUUAUGUUUUUAUACAAACAUCAUGUUAUAUUAAAAUCUUGUUGAUUGCAAUCGUC